AUGUUGUCUGCUCCCGUUAAAUCGGCGAAGCGCAUCUCGUCCUUGUUUUCGCUGGGAGGACACAAGGAUCAAAGUGGACCAGGAUCACCUGCCUCGUCAGGAUUUUCCGACACAAGCAGCAGGAAACGCAGCAGCUCAAGGCCAACUCGUCAUGUCUCAACCCCCAAUGCCGCCUUUUCCGAACCCAGGACAGUUCCCAACUCCGCUCAAAUGGAGCAAUUCGAUCUGGAAAGCCUUCCGCCCCCGCCAUCACUCCUGACCGUGAAUCAGGACCUCGCCAGCAGCGCCCCCAGCUCGCCUGUCGACAGCCGCCCUCGCAGCAGGGGUCGCGAUUUCAGCCGGCCCUCCAGUUCGGCCGGCUUAGCCAUUCCGGGUUCCACUCCAGACUCCCGCCCGAGUACGCCAUCAAAACGACGAAGUUGGAUGCCUGGUAUGGCAGGGCGAUCGCGGGCAAGCUCGGUGGACAAGCGGGCCCCUGCCCCCACGCUGCCCAGCGCAUGGAUUGCUGGGCUUGAUCAAAAAGUGGUGUAUGAUAUGGGACCCCUCACGAGAGGUGAACAGAAGGUGACACUUAUGUCUAUCUCUUCCCCAAAAUACCGGCCGAUCGGCCUCAUUCAAGGUAGACUCGACUAUCUUCGCCGAAUCUCCUUCCUUACCUUCCUCGCCCGCGGCACUGACGCCAAAACCAACGGCCUGGAGCAACCGACUCGCACUCUUUCCCUCCAGAACCCCAUGUCUCCGCCCCUGACCCCGCAAGACCACCUGGAAGACGAUGACAACGAUAGCUCGGGCAGCCAAAGAAUGGCCUUUGAGGAUGGUCCUGAUGAGCAGCAGGAGUUGCACCUCUACUUGCCUAUCCCAUUGAACAGCGACGUAUCCAACCCGCAGUGUCGGUUGUCUGCAGACGACACCGAGGCUUUACUCCUUUUCCGUAACUUGUUCGCCUUCCUCUUGGGUCAGUCCCUCAUCGCUUCCCCCAAGUCAUCUUCCCUCUUUAGCAUUUUCAUGGAUGUGGCCGUGCUGCUCGCUCGGUUCGAGUUCUCCAAUCUUGAUGGAUCGAACUUCGGUGAAACUGCCACUUCCAGUUUUAGCAACUACUGUGACGAACUGCGUCUGGCCGAUGUGCGGAGGAGUCGUGAGAAGACUAUCGAGGCCAUUGUUCUUGGUGAGCGCCUGCGAUACUACCCGCUCUACCUAGAAGGAUUCGUCCACGGUGUCGGAAAGCUGGAUGAGAUCAAGCAGCUGCGAAGCCCGAAGUUUGGCUUCAUCCAUCCUGUUACUCAGAAGCGACUUGAGCGUGGCUUCAUUGAUCUCGACACUCGUCUUCGGGGUCUCUAUGGCAAACUUGAGGACUUUGACUUCCCCUCAGUCUUCUCCGGCAUCGCGAACUCGACGACUUCCGCUGAGAGCAAGGUCGUACGCUUCAAGAAUUGGAAGACCGGAUUCAUGGACUUCCGUCGCUUCACCAUGGGAUACUAUCGCCAGAAGUAUGGCUCUUGGCCCCGAAAGGCUCGGUCCAAGAAGAAUGAAUUCGAGGAAAGUGGUUUGAACCGUCUUCUCCUCCUGGAUCUUUACCGUGAUUUUACCGACCUCUACGACCUUCUGGUGGAUCGUACAGCACUCACAACGCGUAGAAUAGACUCUUCUGCCGCUGGUGGUGACGCCAGCUCUACAGAUCCCAAGGAUAUGACGAUUCGCGCCAUCCGCCAAGUGCUUAGCGAGUACGAUCGCAGUACCCCCCCUGUCUCGCCCCCGAUUCCUUUCGAUAUUCCGCAGUUGCCUUCAGUGCAACCUCUGCACCGCAAGCCGCUCGAUGCGAAGAAGGAAGCCAAGCAAAAUAGCAAGAAGCUCAAGAGUUCCGACAUCAAUGCAGUCCUCAUGGGAUCCUAUACCCGCGAGGCCAUGCGCCCGACUCCCUUCAUCGAGAGUUUCAUGCAGUUUGAACGUCGCGCUGCCAGCGGAAAGAGCUGUGCUGACCUGAUGGACUUGCGUUGUGGUCAGUGGAUCUUCCUGUAUGCGGUAAUUCAGUCUUUGCCCAUGCUCGUCGUGAAUGUUCCCGACGUUCGUUUCACCGAGGGUGUUGAGUACUUCCUCUGUGUCGCUCCUCGCGGCGGAGCUCCUUGGAUUCACAAUGACACCAAGACUGCCCGCAGCUGGUUUGGAGUUGCUGGUGGUGCUGGUGUUGUGAGACUUCCCUCCGAUGUGGUCAUCAACGGAGUGGAAGGUGUCUACCGCCGCAGUCACUGCUGGCAGGUGGCCGAGCAAUGGGCCGAGGCUGGUCAAUUGAUUGAGCCCCCACUAAUGGAGGACGCUUACGAGGAGAAUGAAUCCUCCAUCUCCUCGCCUUACCAGGGUCAACAGUCUUCUGCUGGCUCCUAUUCUGACGCACAGCCGCCCCCGUCGUUAAUGGGAGCUGCCCACGGCGGUCUAACGCCUCCUCCCGUCAUCCCUCGCACACGCUCUCCCGGUACCGCCAAUCGGGCUGAGCACAGGCACUCCAUCUACCCGGGUCUCGAAGCCCUUCCUUUACCUGCUGGCAUUGCUCCUAUCGAGCCUCCUGCGCGCCCCGUGAGCCACUUCAACCCCAACAUGAGCUUUGACGACAUCCUAAAGGAAGUGCCCCAGAAGGGGAGCAAGAAGAAGCACUAA